UAUUAAUGUUUUUUUUCUUCAAUUUCUUUCUUCGACUUCUCUCUUCUCUCUUCUUUCUUCUCUCGUGUUCACCGAAGGACGACGCGUCUGAUCCGUAGAGAACGAUGCCAUCCUCGGCAUCAAUCUCAUCGCCUUCUUCUCUAGCUAUUCUCUCAGCCAAGACUCGAUAUCCACUCUCCUUCUCCAGCUUCACUUCAGCACAAGGUCGAGAAUCCUUGAUCUUCCUCUUCUCUGUUUGCUUCCCAUCAACCCUGCAAUUUCAUCAACGUGGGUUUGUUCAGGGGAUCCUUGCGUUUUUGUGGAUCUUGAGGCCUUUGUCGAGUCGAUUUGUGUUGAAUGUCCCUGAAGAAGAUCAACACUCGUUGAUGUGUUCGGUACUGAUGUUUUGUGAUGUCUUUGUCUCAGUCUAUUUGUGUUGAAUGUCCCUGAAGAAGAUCAACACUCAUUUGAGAGGAUUUUGUUUCUGGUGAAGUAUGCUUACUGGUGAUGGUACGAUUACUCCACUUCUCUUUACUUUCAAUUUUCUUGCUUUACUCUUUAUUGCUUUCGUCUGGAAUAAAUGCUGGUUAGAGUUAGGUUGUUCUGGUAUGGAGUUAAGUUUCUUGUUCUUAUGUCUACUUUGUGUUCUUGCGUUCUGUUUCUUUGGUUCUUCUUAUCUUGCUGUAUCUUGUUCUAAUACUCAUGCAUAUGUCACUUUGUACUAGUGUGUUCUCAGGGGCCAUUCUCUUGUGUAUUAUGUGACUUGUAUUCUUGUGUUUUUGAAGUCACAGACUUGUAAAGAAUCAAAGUCGAAUGCUUGUAAAGAAUCAAACAUGCUUAUGUCUACAUAAUCACAACAACAAAGUCACUUUUUUUUCAAAGUUAAUUUUUUUAAGAAA